AUGGAUAGAAACCCUAUCCAUCCACCACUUCCUGCAAGGAAUGACUAUGAGAUCAAGCCUCAGAUCAUAGCAUUGGUUAGACAGAACCAAUUCAAUGGACUUCCAGCUGAGCACCCUCUUGAUCACAUAGAAAACUUUGAAGAAAUUUGCAGCACUACAAGAUCCAAUGGAGUCUCUGCUGACUACCUUAAGUGCAAGCUCUUUUCAUUCUCUCUUGGCGACAAAGCUUCAAGAUGGUUGAAGUCUCUGCCAGCUCACUCCAUUACCACUUGGGAUGAGUACAAGGCGCUUUCAUCAACCACUUCUACACCAAGCAAGAUCAAUUUCUGUGAGGAACAAGAUCUCCACUUUCGCCAAGCCAACAAUGAAUCUUUCUAUGAGGCGCUAGAUCGAUUCAAGGAGUACAUUAGGGACUGCCCUAAUCAUGGUUUCAAUGAGGGAAACCUAUGGAACAUCUUCUAUCGUGGCAUAGACCACAAGUACAAGCUUUCAUUGGACACAGCAAGCAAUGGAAACUUCAUGACCAAGACUGUUGAUGAAGCUAAGGUUCUUAUUGAGAAUCUUGCAGCUAGUGAUUGUAACAACUGUCCUGAUUAUGACCGCUCAAGCCGCACCACUACUAGCUCCCCUGAUUCUUUUCAAAUGACUGAACUCAAGAACAUGAUGGCUCAAGUUCUUAAGGGACAGCUCAAGCAUAUCAAUGCAAUAGAAGGGAUGAGUGAUGCUAAUGAAGAUUCAUCAAGAGAAUGCAUGGGAGAUUUCUCUAAUGAAGCCAAUGAAGAAGAUGUGAACUACAUUGGAAACUAUGGGAACAAGGGAUACAAUCCAAGCUAUCGCCCAAACCCCAACAUGUCUUAUAGAAACCCCAAUGUGGAGAAUCCUCAAGACCAAGUGUAUCCUCCAAGGUAUCCACAACAACAAAGACCUCCUUACCAAUCUCAAGGAAGUCAAUUUCAGCCAAGGCAAGGAUAUGAGCAGAGAUCAUCAUAUCCGCCCAAGGAGCCAUAUGCUUCUUCACCAAAUCAAGCUCCUCCAAACCAACAAGGUGGGAGAUUUGAAGGAAUCCUCCAACAGAUCAUGGAUGGCCAGAAGAGAAACACUAAAGAGAUGUAUGAGAAGAUGGACACUUUGUUCAGCAAUCUCAACACCAAGUAUGAUGCUGUUGCCACUCAUGUGAAGAAACUAGAGACUCAAGUCACUCAAACUAUGGAAGCUGUUAAGAGACAGGAAGCUGAAUCCAAGAAGUCCUUUUGCAACUCAGCCGCCAUAGAAGAAAGAUUUGAAGACCAAGUUCCAGAAUGGAUGCUUUCAAAACCUACUGUUGAUUGCAUGAUUUGGCCUGAAGAGAAUUACCCAGAGAGAGAGUCCAAUCGAGCUAGAAAGAGAAGACUCUUCCCAAAGAUUAUCCCCAAGACAGAUAACUCAGGAAAGUUUGCUGUGCCUUGUAUCAUCAAAGGUAACAUUCUUGAGCAAUCUUUGUGUGACACAGGAGCCAAUGUGAACAUCAUGUCUAAGAGGAUAGCUGACAAGAUAGGCCUCACCAAGAUACAGCCAUCAUCCAUCUCCAUCAACUAUGCUGAUUCAUUCUCACAAACCCCCUAUGGCUUUGUGCCUAAUGUGAUGGUGCAGAUUGGAAAUUGCUCUAUCCCUACUGAUUUCCAGAUUGUGGAAAUGAGAGAGAGUAGCCAUAGACCUCUCAUAUUUGGAACCCCUUUCCUGUCUACUGUGGGUGCCAUAUUUGAUUUCCCCAAUCAAAGAAUCUCUUUCAACAAGGUGAACAAGGGUAUGUUCUUCCCUAUGUGUUCAACAAAGAACUCUUUUGUUGACAUGGUCCAAGAGGAGAAAGUUACUUUGAAGCCACCCCAAGAAGGAGAAACUGAAGAAACAAUCAAGGAAGAUCCCAUUCCUAAGCCCAAGCAGCUUGCCAAACAAGCAAGGAGUAAGACUAAGGCCCCUACACCAAAACCGCCCAAGGGAUCAACCAAGAUUGAAGAUGAGGCCAAGCCAAGAAAGAAGGUUAGAAAGCCUAGGUCUGGCCGCAACAUGAAGCUUCUAUUCCCAAAGGAGCUUAUUGAUGAGAAUCUAGAAGGAUUCAAGGAGAAAGUGACAAGAACUCUAAAGCUUUUUCCUAAGGCAUUUGUGCCAAGGGACAUUCAUGGAGAGAUUGUCUAUCCAGCUGUGAAUCACCCACCAGAUACUCAUUGCAAGGAGAAAAGACUUGGAGGAUCAAAGAUGCCUCUUGUCUCAUCUUCUCCUGAGUGCCAAGCCUUACAGUCAAGCUAA